AUGUCCAAGGCCUCGAUUAGUAUUCGAACCCAGGAUUCGGUUUCGUCGAAACGUUCGCCAAACGAGCGACCAAAGGGACCAUUAGUGAUAGACAAAGGUGAGGUAAUCAACAAGAAAUGGAUUUAUGAAAAGAAACUCGGCGAAGGCGGAUUUGGAGCUGCUUAUUUGGUCACUGGAAUUGUGGUGGGUUAACAGUUUUCUAUGAAUUUAUUGACCGGUAGGUUGAAAUUUGAUUUUUCUAUAAAAUGUUUGACCUUUUUGAUGAAAGUCAUUAAGAUUUCUAUUUAAAAAUGGUGUUUUAGAAAAACCAAUAAAUUUUGUCGCAUUUCGUCUUUUUUUCAAUAUUUUAGUUUUCUGCACACUUUUAACUCAAAAACCUUAAAAUUUGAGUUUUUUAGAACAUAUUGACUAAAAUUUUCAGAAACCAGGAAAAUACGCUAUGAAGGUCAAUUUAAAAGCGGACAAGGAAUCAGAUCGAAUCAUGUCAAUUGAAGUUACAGUACUCCGCACAUUGUCCUCCAACAAAAAGUACUUUCCGCAAUACCUUGAAAGUGGAUAUGUAAAAGGAUACAAGUACGUGGUUAUGGAGCUACUAGGACCGUCUUUGAGUGAUUUACAGGAAAAACAGUCCAGCGAGAAGUUUAGUAUGUCUACAGUGGUUCGGAUUGGCAUUCAGCUGUUUGAGGUAGGGGUACAAGGUUGGGUUUUUAAAGAAAGUUUUUGCUAUUUUUUCAUUUGGAAAGAAAGUUCUUGCCAUUUUGUGUUUUGUAAAGAAAGUUCUUGCCAUUUUUUUCAUUUUUCAAAAUUGCAAUAACUUUCUUUACUCCCUACUUUCAGAGUAUUGAAGCAAUGCACGCCUGCUGUAUUCUUCACCGUGAUUUGAAACCAGGAAAUUAUGCCAUUGGCGUUAUUAACCGACAAUGCGUUUACAUUUUUGACUUUGGUCUAGUUAGGCAAAUGGUUGACCAUGAUAAAAAAACUGACAAAUUCCGACUGCGAGCGGAAAGAACAAAACCACCAUUCAGAGGAACGUAUCACUACUGUAGUCCACAACAACAUGAAAAUGGAGAUUCAUGCCGGAGGGACGAUUUGUGGUGGGUUUUUUGAACUUUUAAAAAAUUUUGGCUAAAGGUUCUAUAAGAAUGGCAUUUUUUGUUUUUUUUGGUCAAAAAGUGCAUAGAGAAAAGUAAUUUUGAGUUUUUCGGUUGAAAAUUGAAUAGAAACAUUAUUUUUUUCGGUCAUUAAUUACAUAGUAAAAAGGAAAACGUAAGAACAUAUCGGCCCAAUCCUUGAAGACCAAGCAUUCCAAAAUUUACUUUAACCAGCCACGUCCGAACGAGCUGGAUAAGAUACCAACCUUGAUUGGAACUUAUUAGUUCGAGUAAACGAAAGGUUUGAUUUAGGGUUAUGAAAGAGAGAAUUGGUUUUUGUUUGGGUUGGUAUGGUAAGUGAGAGAGAAGAGAGGGGUAGAGAAGAUAAUAUAGAAUUUAUAUAUAUCUUUUCUAUUUAUCUUUUUCACAGCUUUUGCGCUCUCUUCUCUCUCACCUUAAAGAGUAACCCAAACAAAAAUUAAUCUUCAAGGAUUGGGCUGAUAUGUGCUUACGUUUUUAUUAUCUUUUUUUUGAAAAAGAGACUGACAAUUCGGGCAACGGAUUAAAGAAAAUCUGAAUUUAGGUCAAUAAUGUACAGUUUGAUUGAAUUCCGAACCCGGAUAUUGCCAUGGGAAUAUGUGAAGGAGAAAAGGAAGAUUGGCGAAAUGAAAAAGAAUACUCCAUUGCAUAUUUUACUACAGGUAAGGUGCAAGAACUUUCUUUACAAAAUUAUUUUUUAAAAACGCAAGAACUUCUUUACAAAAUCAUUUUUAAAAAACCCUAAGAACUUUAUUUACAGGGCUGUCCAGUGAUGUUCGCCCAAUUCAUUGCCUACUUGCAAGUGCUGGAAUUCAAACACAAACCAAAAUAUUCGUACUUUGUGGAUGGUCUAAAAAGGUUGAUGAAAGCUCGAGGAUACGGAAUGAAUGAUCCUUAUGAUUGGGAGAUGUCUGAAACAGAGGAACAGACAAUAGAAAAGGUAGGGUUUCUUUUUGGUUUUUCUGGUUAAAAUAGUUUAUUUUCAAUUUCUAUGAACUUUUUGACCGGUAAGUUAAAUUUUAUCCUUUCGAAGUUUUGUUUCAAAAUUGGGAAAUUUUUAUUUUCUACAAAAUGUUUGACCGAUGUCUUAAAAAAUUUGAUUUUGCUAUAAACUUAUUUAUCAAUAAAAACUAAAAAAUAAUGUCAUUUUUAGCCGAAAGUAGAGGUCCGUGACAAACGUGUUUCACACGGCGCUGUCAUCGAUGGAAGCAAUCGUUCCGCCAACGCCACGAAAAUGUCAUUCGGAGACAGUUCGUCAAGCGGCUCCGACCAGGACAACAAUUCCAAAUCCAACAACAGCAAUACUGAACAGGCCGGAACUUUGAAUUCGAAGAACUUAUUUUUUGAAAAUUUUGGGAAAUAA